GAAAAACUUCACGAGUUGUCGAUGUCACGCACCAAUCAUGUUGAAACAGUUUGACCUUCAAGUGCUCGCAACCUCCAUCAGUGGACGAUACCCCUGAAGCGCUGCCUUACUGUAGUGGCUCUGACUCGCGCUGCUCUGCGUGCUUUUCAAGUACACAAGUACCUACUAACUAGACGCGAACUGCCACAGUUAUGAAUGAUAGGUUACCCGAUGUGUUCGCACAAGUCUUAAAGAAGUACUCUGAAGUUUCAGACUAUAAAGGGUCCUAUGCCGAUCCGAAAUUUAAGGAUCUCCUUAUGAUUGCGUGUCGAUUUUGUGAAAAUGCAAUGAAUAUGGUGAAUGAACUUCGCUUGUUUAGCAAGAAUGAAAGCCUAGACGAUCUAAGCUCUGCCGAAAUAAGGUACAUAUGUCUUCCUGCAUUACUUGGUUAUUUCAACUCUCAGAAGAAUGAAGAUCGACCAUCUUGUAUUCGUUUGGCUUUGUCUCUCUACAAGGACUUUUUCAAACUUUGCUCAGAUUAUGGCGUGUUGUUUCCAAGUGGAGUGUCUUUGGAAAAGAACAACCACAGUUCCGGUCAGUCCUCAAUGUCAGAUCUUGCACACGAUCGUGAAGUCAAAAUAAGACGUUAUAAAUCAAAGAAAGCACUAGAAGAACGCUUGGAAAAACUUGCAUCGUACGUGGACCAACCUCAUGUUGAUGAAGAAACCAAGCGUGAGUUCAAUGUAACUCUUGUUCAAAGAUGGCUUUGCGUCGCGCAAGAUGAUAUAAUCAGUCUACAAAAUGAACUGGACAUUCUCGAGAAAGGCAAUUCCAUAAACGAGAAUAACAGAAAUGUGACCAGAUCAGAACCUUUGCGACCAUUUAUAAUAACUCGGUCAGCUGCACAAGCCGCAGUGUUCGGUGCUGGUUAUCCAAGCCUUCCAACAAUGACUAUUGAGGAGUUUUAUGACCAACAGGUUGCAGCUGGUUUAUUACCUCCUCCAAGACCUAUUUCUCAAAGUGGAUCACGACCAAAUGUGACGCGGAUUGAUCCAUCAGCAGAAGAACGUGAAGCUGAGGAAAAGAAAAAGGCUAACCAAGAUGAAUUAGAGGAUGCCGAUGAUCCUGAUAUGUUGUCAAAAGCUCGAUCAUUCGAUGAAUUCAAAGACGAACAUCGUAGAGGUAGUGGGAACAGAAUGAAUAGAGCUUAAAGAUCUCUGCUUACUAUGUAUAGGUUAAACAUUUAUUCAAGUUGUGUAUAAAUGCUAAAUACAGAUACUGAACUAA